GGAUUUUUUGGAAGCCAAUUAUAUUUUCUUCAACAUCGCCCAUUCCUAGCCUCAACUAUAUAUCCGUGUCUUUUCAGGUUCUGAGGAUGUACAUUUUAGUUCAAAAGAGAACAAGCCGAGCUGGUCACUCGAAAGGGACAAUCGUGUUUGUUUGUCUCGAUAUGCCGCUUUACGUUUGGUCGUGAAGAAGAUCCAUUACCAUAAACCGAUCGCGCUCAGUGAGAGAAAUUCAGCCGAUUAUCAGCUGACGACGUGCUGGUGCGCCCAGCCCAGCACUCCCUCGUCGCGACGCAUCAUCACACGGAGUCACAUCGCAAUCGCGCGGCGUGUUAACCCAAGUCGCGAGUGCUCCGCCUGCCGUGCUUGUGCGCGCGCGACAUUCAUCAUCGUCGUAGUCGGGCGCCAGACGCGGUGGUCGACACUUUUCCUGAAUAUCUCUGAUAAGGAGUGCGUGCGCGACGUCGUCCCGUCAGUGCCAUAUGUGCUUCGCCGACGACUUUGGUCGAUAUGUGGGUGAAGCCACAAGAAGUGCUGCUCGCCAACGCUUUUUGGAUUACUGAGCAAGCGACUGUAUACUUUGUUUUGCAACGUCGCAAGGGACAUGGGAAGACAAAGGGACUCACCUCCAUAUUGGUGGGCACCUUGGACAGUGUUUUUGAUACUAAACCACCACCAUUUAGGAUCCUUCAUCAAACACCAUCAUCGGAAGUUUAUUGGGAAGUGGCGUGCUCCUUGACUCGCGAAGAGAUUCUACAAGAUUGGGAAUGGCUCCACUCAAAUUUAAUGACAACCCUCACAUCAUUUGAUACCGAGGAGGAGAUAACAGAGUUUGUCUGCUGCAAAAUUCAAUCCAUAAUAGCAAAUAGCAUCCCAGACUCUCAGUUUGCAGAUGAAGAAGAUCCUGAGUCUUUUAAAACUGUGUCUUUUAAAUUCCAUCAGUUGUUCAGUGUACCAAAAGAAGACAAAUUGGUCAAUUAUUAUUCGUGCAGUUACUGGAAAUCUCGAUUACCUAGACAAGGAUGGCUUUAUUUGUCAGUCAAUCAUAUGUGUUUUUAUGCUUAUAUACUGGCAAGAGAGACAAAGUUGACUGUAAGAUGGACCGACAUUACUGAAUUGAACAAAACCAGUUCUCUCAUAGUUCCGGACAGUAUACGUGUUGUAACACGUGACAAUAAAGAACAUUAUUUUUCUAUGUUUUUACAUAAAUCAGAAACGUAUUCCUUGAUGGAACAACUGACCAAUAUUGCUAUGAAAAGGCUUAUUGAUGAGAAAAGUGGAUUUAAUGAGGAUAGAGACUUACUGAAUAAAUUAAGCAAAAAUGUGCCUAAGAAGCCAUCUUUCUUGAAGAGAGAUCUCGAUGCGAGAGCACACUCGGAAGCGUAUAGACUUCAAUUCAGGUUGCCGGGAGUUGAAAAGUUAGACGGCAGUGUCGAUGCAACCUUAUGGACACCAUAUAAUAAAAGAUAUGUUUGGGGAAAGAUAUAUUUGUCCCAGAAUUAUCUCUGUUUCGAAAGUAGGGUCAGAAGAGUAGUCAGUCUAGUUAUACCUUUGAGGGAAGUGACGCUCGUCGAAUCAGCGGAGAAUCAAUCCAGCACAGGAGCAGAUAAGUCGAUAUUGGUCACAACGGCGCGUUCGUCGUUUUUGUUUGCCCAAAUACACGAUCGGGAUUUCGUGGUGCAGAAAAUCUCCGAACUUCUAGCAAAGUCUAAACUUAAUUAUGUAUCUAAAGACAGCUUAUGUUCGCCGAACUCUUCGAAUAGCAACAUUAGCAACUGCGAGGAAGCGAAGCCUACAGAACAUUGGAAACCUCAGCCGCCUCUAAUGAUUCUGUUUAAAACUCCGCUCACUAGCGAAGCUGCAUUGAAGCAAGAGGCUAAGGAAAAACAGUGGGAGCUUCACUUCGCAGAAUAUGGGAGAGGUAUUACAAUGUACAGAACAACUGAAACAGCGAAGCUCGUUAUUCAGGGAAUCCCGCAGUCUUUGAGAGGAGAAGCCUGGCUCACUUUUUCUGGUGCCUUAAACGAAAAGGCAAUGAAUCCAGAUUUGUACAAAUCGCUGGUUGAGCAAUCACUUGGCAAAUCAUGUCAAGCGAACGAAGAGAUCGAAAGGGAUCUGCACAGGUCGUUACCGGAACAUCCGGCUUUCCAAUCUGAUACUGGAAUCAAUGCGCUGAGAAGGGUACUGUCCGCUUAUGCGUGGCGAAAUCCUCAGAUUGGUUAUUGUCAGGCGAUGAACAUCGUAGCUUCGGUUUUGCUGAUCUACUGUUCUGAGGAAUCAGCUUUCUGGCAGUUGUGUAAUGUCUGCGAGUCAUUAUUGCCUGAUUACUAUGAUCGCAGAGUAGUUGGUGCUCUCGUUGAUCAAGGUCUCUUAGAAGAACUGGCUGCUGAGCAUUUGCCAAUUUUGCAUGCUAAAUUGCAAGAGUUGGGCUUAAUUAAAGUUAUCUCGCUAUCUUGGUUUCUAACUAUAUUCCUAAGUGUCAUGCCAACCAGUAGCGCUGUAAACAUCAUGGACUGUUUCUUCUAUGAUGGAGCUAAAGUGAUUUUUCAGAUAGCAUUGACAGUGCUGGAAUGGAAUCAAGACAAGUUACUUAAUUGCCGCGAUGAUGGGGAGGCUAUGCAAUUGCUAACUGACUAUCUCGGUGGCGUCUACAACGACGAAGGGCCAAUAUUUCCCCGACCAGUCGACAGUACAUCUCCUAAUAAGAGUGUAUCUGUUCAGACGUUAAUUUAUGAAGCGUAUUCGAGAUAUGGCUCGUUAACUAUCGGCUGGAUAGAAAGAUUGCGACUAAAGCACAGGCUCAGGGUAGUUCAGAGUCUAGAAGAUGGAAUUGAAAAGAAUGUAAUUAGGAGCGUUAUUGUUGAUAAGUACAUGACGAUUGAAGAAUUGCAGGAAUUGUUAAGUCUAGUAAGGGAGGAACUAAUGAGUCAACGAAAAUCUGAGCCCGAUCGUUAUGAUCCAACUCAACCGCCGUACGAGGCAUACAAAGUGGACUUUGACUUGUUCAGAAUUUUAUUCGGUGGUCUGUCUCCAUGGGGAAAGUGCACUCAGGCUGAGUCUCUUUCCGCGCGACUGUUCCGCCUGAUGGAUCGUAAUCGCGACGGUUUGUUGAACUUCCGAGAAUUGGUGCAGGCUAUAGGAAUGACAGCGACAGCCGAUUUGACACAGAGAUUGAAGCUUCUGUAUACGUUGCACCUGCCGCCACUUCUUACACCUGCCGACUUUGAGUCGCCGACGCAUUCUGCAGAUGGUGCCGAGGUAGCAGCGGAAGCUACAGACUUCUUCGACAGUAUGGAGCAGAGCGUAGCUUCUUUAGAGAUGCCAGUCAGUGUGGCGGAGGAACCAACAGUGGGAACUUUAUCGCGAUCGACGAGUCUUAACAGUCAACAAGGAGAUCAGUCAUGGGAGAUUCAAAGUAUGGGUAGCUUACGCUCGAUGAUUGCGUCCAAGGAUAGUCCAUUGGAUCUUAAAACUGUGCCAAAAAUGUCCCAGGGGCAUUUUAUAGCGUUAUGGAAAACUCUUUAUGACAUGUUUCCUGCACAACCCGAAGAACAAGAAACGUACCAUUGCAUCGCUUCCAUAGGUACCCUUCUGCUCCAAUUGGGAGAUGUUGGGAAGAAAUUCUAUGUAGAAAGAGACGAAUCCGAAGAUAGUUUACUUAUGGCCGCUUCUGCUGCUCAGCAAGCUUCUACCUCCGUUAUUGAAAGGUCACCGGAUCGUAACGGAAAUCCAUCGAGUAUAGCGUCGUCCGCAGAUCCCGAUUGGUCGAUAACUGUCGAACAGUUUUUAGCGUCUGCCUUAACCGGACAAGCGAUAGUAGAUUUUUUCAGCAAACGAGCCAACUUGGUGGAAUCUAUGACGGCAUUGAAAAACCGUAGAUUUAAUCGUGUACAUUCAUUAUCAGAUACGCCAACUCUGAAUGGAUGACAUACGGUGAUCAACAUAUAAGAGAAUGCUGCAUAAUAACCGCUUCUUAUGAUUUGAAAAGCUUCAACAAAUUAGCGAAAACAACAUAGUAAAGACUCGAAUCGAGUCGAGAAAUCGGAGCUGAAUAUAUUGGUACGAAUUUGAUGAAUUUUAAUUUGGAGGGAAACGCAUUUGUGCAUGAAUGGUGAUAUGUGCAAUAGAACGAUAGUUGUAAGCGUUAUUCGAAAAUUCGUAAUAAGUUGACUUAUUACGAUACCUAAGAGCCGUGUAAUAUUUGCGUAAAGAAUAUUUUUUGAUUUUGUGUUAUACCUGAUGAUUAUGUUCUUUGCCUGCUAAGUUGGAUCAUUUAUUUUUCAAUGUGGUUUACUGUGGUCUUUUAUGCGAUAAACACGUUUACUUGUUUCACGAUAUAUUAUACAGCAAAGAGCAUAAUUGCAAAUACUUUUAAGAUAAGAUUUAUUAAUCAAUAUAUCGACAAUGGUAGUUAUAUGUCAUUAAUUCACGAAGAUUUUUCGAUGACAGAGACAUAUGUUUUUAAUAUGUUGGCCUACCUUAUUAGUCGUAUGUCUGGUGAAUAUAUCGAAACCGUUAAAACACACGAAUGUGUCAAUAGUGAACACUCAGGGUAAAGAUUGUAAAACAGUUCCAUUAUAUUUAGAUCAACUAUGUUUAUUAUUAUAUGUAAGCAAUGCAAGGAAAUUUCCAGAUAACUAAUAUUGACGCGAUAUAUAUAAAUUCUAAGGAAAAGGAAGACGUUUGUAUUUGGAAAGAAAAAAGACCAAUGUAUGUCUAUUUUAUUAGUUUAUAGAAACCUGUAAUUACAAUAACCUUCUAUUUCCUAAACAUUUCAAAAUCUAAAAAUUCGACUAAAUCGUAAAUUUUAUUCUUUAAUUACUAAAAUGUUAUACAUUUGGUUGUUAAAUAAUAGUUAAAUAAUAGUCUUUAGUCAUUAAUAUGUAAUUGAUAUGUGACAUGUGUUACUUAAAAAAUUUCUACAAAUUCUGCAAGAUUUUUUAAUUGAAACUUGAAGAAAACCGAUAUUGGUCUUUUUUCAUUACAGGAGAUACAAAAAUAUACAUAAUAGAAUUUGCCAGACAUGUUACAAACGGUUUACCAGAGAUAUGAGGAAUAUAACGUAUGCGAUAAUAGAUAUCGAAUAUAGUCAUUUACUUUAACGUUAUGUCAUUUUAAUUUCGUUUUAUGACGAACAUAUAAACAGCGAAACAUAGAGGAUAUAUACAUUUAAAUGUAAUCUUUCUUUCAACUGUAGAUGUGCUAUAAUCUACAGCGGAAAGAGUGCGACUCGUACGACAUUCGAUAUAUUCCUCAAGUAUUACUUGCAUAGCCAUUACAUAAGAGAUAAAUGAUGCAUCAUGAGUAAGGAACUGAAGAUCAAAAAACUUCACCAUUAUCCAUCUUUCUGUAUAUAAACAACAGAUUAUUGUAAGCAUUACGCGUCUUUGCUUAGACGGACUUUUCUUUCUUUUUACAAUUUGUUCAAUCGCAACUAUGCCAGAAUUUAUACUAAUUUUUUUAAGUAUAAGUCAAAAGAAAAUCGUACAUCUUAAAAAAUUAUUUCACCUAUAAAGAUAUAUACGUAUAAAUGUUACACAAACUAAUUCGCCUGCUCAAACGAGAGCUAUCAUAACGUAAUUUUGAUAUGCAGUAUUAUUUGACAACUAAUCGUUAACUUCCACUAAUACAGAUCUCUGUGAUUAGCUCUAUGGUCCGGUUUAAAAAAAGUUCCGAAAUAUUGAGAUUGAUCAUUUUUCACACAAUCGCGUCCACAAUGAGAAGGGUAAGAAAGAACAAUGCGUGUAUAUAAAGGAAAAUUUAUCAUGUAAGGAGAAAAGGACAAAUAGGAAAAAGAACAAAAAGAAUCAGAUAACAAUUUCUCUAAAUAUGAAAUUCUUGAUACAGUCGACAUUUCUUCGGUCUAUUCAACUUUCAAAUUAUAUAUAUACAAGAUAAUAAUAUAAAUUCAGUUGGCAUGAAAAGCUUUAGAUGGUAACAUUAUAAAUCGAUAUUGCAUUGUACACAACGUUGCCUAAAUAUAUUGAGUCACCUUGGUUUCUUAAAACGUUUUUCUGAUAUCCGUAAUCAACAAAAGGAAAAAAAGAGUAACGUUUGUUAAUUUUGUCCUGUUCUAGAUAAAAAUGGAUUUUAAUAUGAUAUACGAAUUUGAUCGAUUGCAAUUUAUUAAAGACAACCAAUUUCAAUUGUAAAUGGCACAAUCUAAUUAUACACAUAUACAUACACACACUUUAGUGAUAAUUUUUAUUUUUAUAUAACCAAGUACUCACGAGCAUAAUUUUAUGAACGUGAUUA